AUGUCGUUUUACCCGUGGGGGUCCUCACUCCCCAAUCCGGCGGCGGUAGCACAAGCCCGGGCGCCAGGGAAACAAACUGGCGACCGCAGUCUGAGCGGGGUACUCGUCGGCGAGGGCGAGGCGCCGACCGCCUCAGGCCUUAGGGCAGCGGGGCGGAUGCCGUCUUCUUGGUCGCCCCUCGCAGACGACGGCACUAUGCAGACUUCGGCUGAGGGUUCGCCGUUCUCAUCGGCGUGCCAUGUUUACGGUUCAACGAGUGGUCAUGUGAAUUUCUCGGGCGAGACGGAUGCGGCAUCCCCUUCAGCGGAUGUCUCUCCUGGCUGCCCACCUCCACCCGGGGCUCGCGUCUGCCCAUGGACUUCUCGUUCGGCGUCGGCGUACCUGAGCAGAGCUGGCUCGUUGCGGGACGUCGCUCGGUGCGGAAGCUGUGGGGACGCAGCUGCCAGUUUUCCUCAAGCGGGCCUAGCUAGCCCGCGGCCAAAUGGUGAUGGGGCGGCCCCUGAGAACGCUCCAAGGGAAGACGACCUGCCUCUGCAGCCGGCCGCCGCCGUCCCCGAAGCCGCACAGGCUCGCCUUCCCGAGACCUGUGCGGAUUCCAGUGUGCCGCGUCAGGUGCCCGCGGCUGCUGACCACGAGUCCGAUUCGAGAGAAAAUCAGGCGUUGCCCCAUACAGCGCCUGGCUCGGGUCACACGACCGGCGAGGAGGAUGAGCCUCAGAGAUCGAAGCUGUCGAAGUGGGCGGAUGCCCACCACCUGAGGCCCGUGCCUCUAUGCACCAUCUCAGGGGUAAGCGAAAUUGCGAUCAUGAAGAAAGGCUUGUUGGCAAUCUCGCUGGUGGACGGCAUCGGCGGCCGCGCCCUCGCCGCGCGCGCCAGUCUGACCACGAGGCAGUGGGAAGAGAGCGACCCGUCUCCUGAGGCCAGGAGGCAAAUCGCCGAGUUGGAGACCUUCCACGAUGCCGUCCGCGGACGCAAGCUGAUGCGGGAACUCAUGAUGGGCGACAUCUCGCUUCAUCAGCUUCUUCCCAACGACGUGAGCACGGUCCAGACGGAUGUCGGUUUUCUGUCGCUGCGCCAGUUGCUGAUGUUUCGGAUCAACAACUGCUACGCCUUCGAUCCGUCGUCUCGCUACCACUCGGCGCACGCCUCUCUCCUCCACAGUGUGGACUGCAGGCUGGCGGCCUUUCUUGGCGAGUGGCUCCUGGGCCACACGGUUUUCGAUCUCUUCACGCCUCACACCUCGCGGUCUGGAAGCCGCUGCUUGAGCGCGACCACCGCGUCCAGCGCCCCUUCGCCGGGGCGGCUGGAGAAACCUUCUGCAAAGGAGGCUGCGGCACCAGCGGCAGCGGCUGGCGUGGCGCGCGCGAGCAGUCUGCGUGCGCCCGACGCAGUUCUGUCGCCGCGCGCGGCCGUCGUGGCGGCUCGCCAGCGGGGCGUGCGGCAUUCGUUGCCGGCGGCCUUCGCGAGCGAGGCGGCUGCGCGCGCCGGCGUGCGAGAUGGGUUCGUAAAGGACCUCGUGACCCAAUUUACGAGACGCGCAACGGUUCGCAGCUCGGAUAGCGAGGAGUCCGCGUCCCCGUCGCCGCGGGACGGCGAAGAGGCGAAAAAUCGACUCAGUCGCGCGAGGCUGCUUGCAGCGCAUACGUCGUCGGUUGCGGAGGACUCCCCACGCAUCUCAGACGACGGUGAGGGAGCUGCAGGGAGACGCGCACCGAGGAACUCCGUCGGAAGCACCGAUGCGGCGGGCGUGGCGCGCGGGCGGCUCGCCCGUGCGCAGCCGGAGAGCUCCUUUGAGGCUCUGAGUGACGGGAGUCGAAGACAAAGCGAGGGCGGGCGAGAGUCGACCACGGAUGGGGAGGAGCUCGGGAACGUUCCUCCGUCGGCGUCGCGGCCGCCUGCGGGUUCAUCGCUGCACACGCAGCUCGAGGAUCGUGGAGCGAAGGCCACCGACGUACAGAAAAAGACGCAUCGCGGAGACGAGGCCGCUGAGGCGCUCGCGACUAGAAUGAUCAACGAAAUCCUCGUCUCGCGGGGCGAGCUGGGGGACUACCUCCCGUCUUCGUACGCGAUGCCUAGAGAGCUGCACGCAGCUAGCUUGUCGCAGAAACGGGAGCUAGGGAGGCAGCUCGUGCUGCAGCUGGGUCUCUUGCUAGCUGCGAAAGAAAAGCGCCCCUACCUCUUCGGUCUGCUGACUGACCUCGACGCCUUCGUGGCCUCGCGCACUGGGAGGGAAGGCCCGUCUCUGCGCAUCUCCGGGGCGAGUCCGAAGACGCAGAGAAACGCCGCUUCUGCGCGGAACGGGGAAGCACAUUCCCGCGACGCCCUCGCGCCGCGCAAGGCAAGUGACUGGGAGGGAGUUGCGCGGCUCGGAGGUCUGUCGGGCGCUUCAGCUGCCGAACCGAAAGAGGCAUCUGCGGCUCCUGCCGAGGCCGCUUGCCCGCCGGAGGGCGGUGCGUGCUUCGAGCGAAUCAAGGCUGGGAAGCUCGAUGGAAUCUGGAUUCGACUGCUUGUCACAAGCAGCAUCGCAGCCGAGUGCAACCUAAACGGCGCCUCGCACCCACGCAGGGGUGGGAGUCCGCUGGCGAGCGUCACUGGCGGACCCAGCAGCCGCCCCAGCUCUCUCACCCAAGACGCGCGUGCCUGGCUCGGCCGCAGCCGCGUGGCGAGCGCAUCGGGAGCACCGACGGGGGGGCCUGAGAGGGAGGAAAAGAAGUGCUACACGAAACCCACGCGGGCAUCUGCCGCGGCGGCGGACGCAGAGGUGGCGGCCGCGGCCUCGCGUCGCGCUGCAGAGGCGAGGCGACUUGAGCACGAAGCCGAGACGAAUGUGCGCGGCGACUGGUGCGAGUGUUUUUUGUUUUUGCGUCCGCGAGUUGCCGAGCCCGUCGUCGUGGACGCCUCCCCAGUCGAGAGUGCAGAGGACAGGGCGCUCGCUGGCGGGGCCUCGCACGAGCCGCAGGCGAGCCCGUCUAGGGCUGCCGAGGGCCUUGCGGCCGCGGAAGCAGCCGCGCAAGAAGCCGGAGGAGCCUACGAGGUCAUCGUGAGCGACGACCGCCCCGCGGGCGCAGAGAUCUACUGGGGCAUGUCGGACACCGACCUCCUUUGUCGCGCCACGGGGAAGCAGAGUUGCCAGUGGCAAGUCGCCUGCAUCCCAGAAUCGGUCGACUUGCAGCAGAGCGUGGGGGGCGACGUCCGGGCGAAGGACCUCGUGAGCGAGUUGCGCGAGCGCAUCAGACGAAGAAGCGACCGUCUCAACUCGGUGCGCGGCGCGGGCGGCAUCGCCACCAAUGAGACAGAGUUCCUCGUAGACCCAUAG